UACAAUGUUACUCAAGAGAUUGAACGCAAGCGUGCUUUAUCAAUGGUCCUCUCUCAAACAAAACACCAAGAGCGGAAAGAUGCUGAGGUUCUUGCUGAAGCAAAAAGAAUAGCUAAGUCGCGUAUGGCUGCACGGGUUGCUGAAGAACCUGAUUUACCCGUCACCUCAGAUAUUGUUCCUGAAAGUGCUGAGAGGGCUAUCGGUCCUGGAGAUACUAUAUCUCCAUCCAAUGUUCAAGUUCCUGCUGCACCUUCUACCUCAGUAAUUGCUGAUAAUUCUUCUACUCUUGCGUCCUUGCAUAUGGUAUGUGCAGCAUGUGGUCUUCCGUUUUCUCAUCUCUUUCUCUCUCCAUCAAAGAAUAAAAAUAAAAUUCAGAAUGAGAAAUGACAACUGUUAUC